AUGAAGCUACUGCACUAUACGACAGUGAUUACACACAGACUCUACAAGGGAGAGCCUUUUUGGUUUAGCCUCAUGGGAAAAGUUGGCCCUGCUUUCAGAAAUUUCACUGUACUUAUCGAAACCAAAGACGGUAAAGGGAUUGAGGCAUGGGUCACCUUAGAUGAGGAACGAAUGGCUAUAUUGGAACGUGAUCCUGAAUUCCUGGCAUUUGCUUCUCCAAAUCCUAAGUUUUCAAAUCAAUGA